AUGACUGAUUUCACCGCGGCUGGGAAUGGCAUCAGCGGUGGCUACCAGGGUCAAUCUCUGGGCAUGAAGAUUACGAUCGCAACCCUCGCGGGCAUCACUUGGUAUAAUGCUUUCGAGCUGAUGAUUCUGCUCUUCGUCACAUUCGCAGAUUAUCGAGGCCUUUACUUUUGGAGCUUGCUGGUUUCUUCCUCCGCGGGCCUCUUGCCGUACUCGUUGGGCUUUUUGUUGAAAUUUUUCAACAUCGCCAACAGCCAAGCAUGGCUGCCGGUGACCUUGUUGACGGUUGGGUGGUGGUGCAUGGUCACCGGUCAAUCGGUGGUCCUGUACUCGCGCCUGCACUUGGUGUUGUCAAACCAACGUGUCCUGCGUCGCGUGUUGAUCAUGAUUUCCGUGAAUGCGAUCAUCCUGCACAUCCCCACAACGGUGCUCACCUACGGCACGAAUCUAAUCGCGGGUGCGCCUCAUGAGCCAUACAAAUCAGGGUACAGCAUAAUGGAAAAGAUCCAGAUGACCGGGUUCUGCUUGCAGGAAUUCAUCAUCUCCGGACUUUACAUCUGGGAGACCGUGCGUAUGAUACGUCUCGACCCGGACCACAGCAAACGCAGGAUCCAAUACCAACUCCUGAUCAUCAACAUGAUCAUCAUCGUACUAGAUGUCGGAUUACUCGUUGCCGAGUAUCUGAAUUUCUACAUUAUGGAAACCAUGCUGAAAGGCGCCGUGUACAGCAUCAAACUGAAACUCGAGUUUGCUGUCCUUGGCAAACUCAUCCUCCUGGUUCAGAACCACGUCUGGAAACCCGAAUCCUUCUCCGCCCCCAGCGAUCUCCCCGACUUCGUCGACGCAACUCGCGUCACCUCCGAUAUGACCCAUGCCGCUCCGCCUCCGAGUCAACGCGGUCCGUCGUGGAUGGACCCCGACGAUAUCUCCAUCGCCAUGUUCGAACACCUACCCCCCGAGCACAUACGCACAAACUCAGACAUGUCCGGAUCUUGGACCAAUGAAGGUCGUGCUUAUCACGUCGAUCACCUUCCAAUCGACUUCACAAACCCUUUCAGCGGAACCCAGCGCCAUAUGAGUCGGCCACGCAAGGCCGAGAAACCGGGCUGA